AUGCUUUGGCUAUCCUUUCUCGCCGUAGCUCCUUUGGCAUCCGCCACGACCUACAGAUUGACUGUCUUUGCGCCUAGCACAACAAUCGAUGGUGCAGAUCUCGAUGCUUCGGCCAAUGGCUUCUACCUUGGUCUAUCCGAGCCCUCCACGUAUUGCCCAAUUGGUGCAGCCUGUCCGGCUGUUAGAGGAACUCUAGUAUAUGAAGGAAUGACAGCCAUGGCGGUUGAGGUUCCCGGCGGCCAGGCCAUCUACGUUGCACCAAACGGCCAGGUGAAAUACACCCAGGCACACUCAGCAUACAUGCCCCAAGGCUCACUUCUCGGCGGCUGGUUCAACAAGACGGUGGUAUCGGAUUGCGCCCCCGAUACCGAGGUACUCGACUUCCUAGCAACCGACGGCUCGAACCGUGGCGGUCUAAUGCUAUGUCCUGGUACACAAGGCUUCAUGGAGGGUACUGGAGCUAGCUAUCAGUUAUAUGCGAAUACUCCUCGCUUCAAUGCUACCAAUUGCCUUCAGACCGUCGGUCUGAUACAACACGGCAGUGCAGUUACAUUUGGAGCCUGGCAAUACACCUAG